AGCAGUAUGGACGCGAAACAAGAAAGGUGUUUUCUCGUAUUGUGAGACACUGCCAAGAUGUCAACGGUUACCACACAAACCUUUCAGAAUCCUGGUGAUGAACUCAAGCCGUUACCGGGUGUCGACGUCGAGACGGCGUUGCAUCUCCAGAGCAACCUACACCGCCUCUACACGGAGAGACGUCACACCGACGUCACCGUGUGUAUCAAGGAUGUCGUGUUUGAGUGCCACAAGGCAGUGCUCGCGGCAACGUCGCCAUACUUCGAUGCUAUGUUCUCCAGCGGAAUGAAAGAAAGUGUCGACAACAUUGUUCGCCCACAGGGACUCUCUACAAACGCAUUUGAGAACAUCCUGACAUUUUUGUACACUGGAAGGUGUGAAGUUGACGUCGACAACGCCGAAGAAAUUUUGAAAGCAUCGUCCAUGUUUCAAAUCACGAUGCUGACGGAGAAGUGCGAGAAGUUCUUAAUAGGCCAUAUUUGUUCAGACAAUUGUUUAGCGUUGUGGAAAAUCGCCCGUGCGCAUGUGUGCAAGCUGUUAGAGGAGAAAUCCUAUGCGUGCAUACUCAGUAAUUUUCAAGAAAUCAGUAAAUCGGAAAAUUUCUACUGUUUGGACAAAGAGGAACUGCAACAAAUCAUCUCCAACGACGACUUGAACGUCCCCCAAGAAGAGAGCGUCUGUGACGCCGUCUUCUCGUGGUGUAAAGCGGACGCAGGAGAGAGGUCCCGCUGCAUGGACGAUCUCAUACCGCACCUCCGUCUACCCUUGGUGACCUCCGAGUACCUCAUCAACGAGGUGGAGUCGCACCCAAUAUUGAAGGAAAACCGACGCUGUCAGCGGGUCGUGAGUGAGGCAGUCAGUUAUCACAUGCUCCCCGCUCGCAGACAUGAGUUCACGUCACCCCGCACCUUCCACCGCCACCACACCCACAGCGAGGAGGUACUUGUGGUACUCGGGGGCUACUCGGACAGCGGCGAGAAGGUCACGGACGUUCUGUGUUACAGCAACCGGAAGAAGAAAUGGUUCAUCCUUUGCCCGUUACUGUUCAAACUGGGUCGCGAAUACUGUUGCACUGUGUACGGCAAUGAUAUUUUUGUGUCCGGGGGCUCUCAAAAGCCUCAGAGCCUCGUCAGGUUCAACUCGGAGCACAACGAGUGGCAUAAAUGCACGCAGAUGAUAACGGGACGUCGUCGACACAUCAUGGUGGCCGUCGGGGAAUCGCUGUACGUCAUGGGCGGCUAUGACGACAGGGCGAACGAGGAGUCCAAAAGAACGCUAUGCGACGUUGAGGAGUUUCAGCUCAGCACGUGCACGUGGCGGAAGUCGGGUUGUCUCGUGCAGGCGGUGAGAUCAAUGUCGGCGGCGGUCUCAAAGGAAAAGAUUUUCGUGUUCGGAGGUCUCCAGAACGAUGAACGGGAGACGUCCGCAAUCCAGUGCUUCGACACGCGGUUCCAGAGCACAUACUUCAUAGGGGAUCUAUGCCUGCCGUGCAAGCUGACCCGCAGCGUCUUCUAUGACAAACGCAUCUACAUCUUCUGCACAGACGGAACCGUCAUGGACUACGACGAUGACUACCGGUGUAAAAUUGUGUCCAAAAUCCCAAACUUUAACCGCCGUCGGUUCGGCGCUGUAAGAUGCCGUGGCGGGGUAGUGAUAGUAGGGGGCGAGUCGGGGGACGCCAUACUUCGUGAUACAGUAUGGUUCGACCCAAGCCUGCUCGACACUGACACCAGUGCUGCCAUCAGCUUCACUCUACCAGGGAGGGCCAACUUUGGGGUGGCCAAUAUUGUCAUCAAAAAGAAGUUCCUGAAUGUGGAAUGGGCGGAGGAAUUGUAACAAUGAAGAGGGGAAGGCCAACUUUAGGGGCCAAUAUUGUCAUAAAAAGAAGUUCCUGAAUGUGGAAUGGGCGGAGGAAUUGUAACAAUGAAGAGGGGAAGGCCAACUUUGGGGGCCAAUAUUGUCACAAAAAGAAGUUCCUCAAUGAG